AUGAGCGCAGAUCAGAUUGCGGCGCAGAUUCAGAGCACCAAGGCUUUGCCUGUAUCGCCUUCAUGGCUCAAUGCAGUCCUGGGAUUAUCUGGACAGACGCAGCGCAAUAUUCCUACCGCAGCACUCACCAAGACAGCUUUGUUCCGCGUACUCGCGUCCGACUUCAGAGAGUCUCUGACGACCAAUUCUUCUUCACGAUUACCUAUUGAUAUCUAUGACCCGACUGUUCAAGAGCGACGUCUUGCGGGCCCGAUUCCCGUUCAAGUCCUCGACAUUGAAGACAUCGGCACGAGUCUGUGGAGCCAGGUAGAGGCAAUCGAGCGCGUCGAGCGCGGAGAAGCUAUUCGUGGACGCGAAAUCGUACGCACAGUGGCUGUUGGCGAAGAUCAGGAAGCCCAAGAAAAUAGCAGUGCCAACAACAAUGGCAACUCUGCAGCUCCGAACGCCUCGGGACAUAGUGGUUAUGGACCGCAUCGAUUGAUACUUCAAGAUGCGGUGGGCACCAAGGCAGUGGCGAUCGAAAUGCAGCGUGUUGAGGGAAUUUCUCUGGAAAAGCUCGCCAUUGGUGCUAAGUUUGUGCUUCGGGAUGCCCCCGUUGCCAGGGGAAUGAUUCUAUUGAAACCUGCGAGUGUCGAUUUGCUCGGUGGGAAGAUCGAAGCGCUCGAUAACCCGUGGAAGGAGGGUCGGAAGGCACGAUUACUGGAAAGAAUUACUGCAAUGCAGACCGAUUGA